AUGAACAAUUUAUCAAGUAAUAUAUACGGUUUACAGCAAUAUGCAGCUAUAACACAAGCUCAAUUGUUGAAUAAUCCUUCUUUAACACAACAGCAAUCGGAUCAGCAACAUCUUCAACAAGAUAGACAAGAUGAUAGACAGCUCAGUCAUUCGGUAACACCAUCAGCUAUUAAUCAUUUACAAGAUCCAAACUCUGCUUAUAAUAUGACGUACUCUCCGUUUCCUUUAAUCCGCAUGGCUCCUUCUCAAUUACAUCAGCCUACUUCUUUAGCUACUUCGACAACUCAAAGUAUAGCCUCGUCAUCAACUUCUAUAACAACUUUAGACCAAGAUCUAAGUGAAAAAGUCGAGACAUCUAUUCGUAUCACUCGUCCUCCCAAUGCUUAUUUAUUAUUUAAUAAGGAAAUGAGGAAGAUUUUAAAAGAUCAAGAUCCAUCAUUGAAAGUAGCUGACAUUAGUAAAGAGAUUGGUUUUCGUUGGAGGACUAUGCCACAAGAGCAAAAAGUUCAAUACUUGGAUCAAGCUAAAAGAUUAAGAGAGGAGCAAAAAGAUCUUCAUCCCCAUUCAAUGUAUAUACGCCGUUCAAGAGCAGAGUUAGCUAAGGAACCAUUAGACUCUCAUCAACAUGAAAAACAACAGCAUCAGUGCGAACAGUCAUAUUCACAGCAGCAGCAACAGCAGCAGCAACAAGAUUUAGCAGAAUCACCAAAGAUAUAUGAUCAUUUACCACGUAAACGAAAGAGACGUAGAAGAGAUAAAAAUUCGAAUAUACCAAAGCACCCCUUAUCUGCCUAUAUGUGGUUCUUAACUGAAACAAGACCAGAAAUCAUGAGUAAUCAUCCAGGCUCAAAUGUAGGUCAAGUGAGUAAACUUUGUGCUGCAAAAUGGAAUUCUAUGUCUGAGGAAGAAAAAUUACCAUGGAAAACAAAAGCUCAAGCUGACAAGGAUCGUUACUCAAGAGAAAUGCAAAUUUUUGCUUUACAAAAUGAUCAAUCUUUAGGCCGUGGUACAAGACAAAAAUAUCGUUCUCUUGCUAAUAAAACAUUAACAACUUCAACCGUUGCUCAUACUAAUAAUACUAAUAAUACUAAUUUAACAAUUACAAACGCGAUGGAAUCCUCUUUUAUGGAAUCUAAUAGUUCUACUACUACUACCACUACCACUACCACUACCACUACUACUUCCCCUGCAGCACCUACUCAAUCAUUAGUCAUUAAUCCCUUAUUUUAUGCAAAUACAACCCCUACAUCUACAUCCACUCUAUCUAUGAUAGAUAAUAAUCUAAAUGAACAGCCACAGCAGCCACAACCACAGACACGCUUUCAACAUCAAUUAUCUGCUCCUACAAGCCCUACUUCUAUUUUACAUUCUUCUUUAUCUAUAACCCAACAAACAUUAAAUCCUAAUGCUUUACUUCGAAAUCCUCUUAAUGAUACACCCUCAACUUCAGCAGAUUUAUAUUCCAUAAAUACUAAUUGUUAAUCAUUUUUAUCAUAUACAUAUAUAUUUAUAAAAAUAUAUAUAUUUAAAAAAAGGCUUUUUUUUUCUUCUUUCUUUCUUUCUUACAUUACAUACAUGUAUGUACGUAUAAAUAUAAAUAUAUAAAUACAUGUAGGCAUAUACAAGUUAAUAUCCCUUUUUUACUCUUUUAUUAUUAUAUACAAGUAUAUAAAUAUAUAUGUAUACCUUUCUUCCUUCUUCCUUCUUCCUCCUCUCUCCCUUCUCUCCCCCCUUCAUUCUAAAUUUAAUUAUACAUUAACAUUAUAAUUAAUUAAAAAAAAAAAAA